AAUGAACUUUUUCAUUAUUGCCCUGCUGCUCACUCUGGCCUAUCAAUAUUCAAGAUCGGCUACAGUACCAAACAAUGAUGUUUAUAAUUGUGAAGUUGGACAAUCUCGAACUAGAACAACAACAUGUGGAAUUUGCUCUAGUGGAAGAAUUCCUUCUUCAGAUCAACUUAAAUGUUUUGAAUGCCCCAAAUUCUGCUCAAAAGGAAAAUGUUCACUAAAAACUGAUGUAUCAAAUGAAAAUGAUGCAACAAUAUGCUCUCAAUGCAUUGACAACUAUUUUUUGGACAGUGGAAAAUGCUCAGAAUGCUCAACUGGAUGUAGAAACUGUACAAGUGCAACAGCUUGUCUUGACUGUUACUCUAACUAUGCAAUAAAUGAUGUAACUAAGCAAUGCAUACCUUGCCCAUCGAACUGUGUUAAAUGCAGUUGGAACUCUUUAACUUCAAAAGCUGAUUGCAAAAGUUGUGAGGAUAGAUUUGUAAAGAAAGACACUGGAUGUAUAUCUUGUCUAUCUUACUGCAAAUCUUGCAGUUAUAACAAAGAUACUGGUGUCAGUUGUAGCUCUUGCGAUACAAAUGCUUAUAAAGAAACAAUAAAUAAUAUUAAUACAUGCAAAUUAUGCUCAACUGCAAUUUCUGGUUGUAAAAAGUGUGUUGAUAAAGAUACAUGUACAGAAUGUAUUUCUAAAGCCUAUGCUCUUUCAUCAUCAAAAAAAUGUGAGAAAUGUAGUUCAAUUCAUUCAGCAUGUGUUGAAUGUGAUGCUAGUAAUGGAAUCAAUAAAUGUAAAACCUGUAAAAGUGAUUAUUAUCUAAAAGAUGGUUCCUGUUCCGCCUGUCCAAGAAACUGUGACACUUGUCAAGAAACUAAUAACAUUGUAAAAUGCACAAAAUGUAAAGUUGACUAUUCAGUAGUUGAUCCAAAGAGAUGCGAUAGAUGUCCAGAAAAUUGUCUAGAAUGUCAAGUUUCUGGUAGUAAACUGGUAUGUAAAUCUGGCAGAUGUGCAUCAAAAUAUGCUCUCAACUCUGACAACUUGUGCUCAAAGUGUCCUGAUAAUUGUAAUGCCUGUUCUUGGAGUUCAUCAAAUUCUAGGACAGAAUGCAGUGGAACAGAUGCAAGUCAUUCAUGUGUUGAAAAUGAAGGUGGAAAAUCAUGGGGAAGGAAAAGUGAUGGAAAAUGUAUAGCUUGUCCUGGAAAUUGUUUAAAAUGUUAUUUCAAAUCUUCUUCUGCAUCUUCACCAAUUUGUUAUGCUUCAAAAUGUCAAAAAGGAUUUGCUUUUGAUGAUGAUACUGGAAGUUGUGUUUCCUGUCCUUCUGGAUGUGACUACUGUAAAAAGAGAGGUUCUAUUUUAACAUGCUUAAAAUGUAGUGAAAAAUAUGCACCUAAAUAUAAUGCAAAUAGUGGAGCCAUUGAUUCUUGUAUGUCAUGUUCAAUUUCGAACUGUGACUAUUGUGAAGUGAUUGGUGACAAAGUGGAAUGUCGAAGAUCUCCUUGUGCCUCCAAAGCAGUCAAUUCAAAUAACAAAAAGUUUUCAUUUUCAAGUAAAACUUGUGCUACAAGUUGUCCUACUGAUUCAAUGUGUGCAGCCAAAAAAGUGAAUGAUGAAAAUGAAGCCUGUUUUUGUAGAUCUUGUCCUUCAGGAAGUGUUGUAAUUCUAGCUGGAAUAAAUGCUGGAGUGUGUAAAAAUUGUGGAACAGAUUGCGAAGACUGUCAACUAACUGCAGAUAAGAGAGAUGUUGAAUGUAAAACAUGUAAAGGUUCAAAACAAUUUGUAUCAGUAGAAGUAGGUGGCAGUAUGAUAAAAGGAUGUUAUGACUGUGAUAUUGCCAGGCCUCAGUGUAAAACAUUUCAACUUGAUGGAAGUACUUGUAGAUGUAAAUCAGGUGAAUGUAUUGGUGAUAUAACUUUAUCACCAUUUAUUACUGUUUUGCAAGAAACUACAGGAAGUCAAAGGUGCAAAGCUUGUGCUGAGGCAAUUCCAAAUUCUUUUUUUUGUCAGGGAACAUAUGCAUCAAGUGUUAUUUCACUUUGCAAGUAUCCAUAUUUGCCAUUUGAUGAAGUAACAUGCUCACCAAUUGUUACUGGCUGUAAGAAAAGUAUAAUUUCACCAAGUUUGCCAUUUGGACAGAUAGGUUGUUUUGAAUGCACUAAGGGAUAUUACUUGGAAUCAGUAAAUUGUAUAUCAUGCCCUUCUGGUUGUUCUGAUUGUAUAAAACCAACUGGCCAACCAAUAAUAUGUAUAGCUUGUACUGAUCCAACAAAAAGUGGUAUUGACUGUAAAACACCAACAUCUACGUGUACCUCUCCAGUGCCCAAUUGUGACACAAAAUGGGCAACAGUUGUUGACCCAGCAACUGAUGGAGAUUGCAAAUGUAUUAAGUGCUCUGCUACAUUUGCAAUUGGAACAGCUGUUCCAAAUACAGGUGAUCAAAUUGGAGAUUGUGUUGCUGCUAGUCCAGCCACUCCCAUAACUGAUUGCGAACAACAUUUUAAUGGUGCUUCCCUGGAGUGCAAAAGAUGUAUUAAUGAUAAAAUAUUAGACGCAAAUGUUUGUCAUCCAGGAAUAAUUGGCUGCAAAGAAAAUUAUUCUGCAUCUGAUCCUAUGGGUGGCCCUGUACGAUGUGCUUUUUCUGACACAAACAAAAUAUUAGCUUCUCAUCUCACCACAUUAGUUACAGUUGCUCCAGAAGCAAGAGCAACAUCCAAUUGCAUAAUAUAUUAUCCCACACAACCCAUGCCUACCCCAGCAAAUGCUGGCCGAUGUUCAAAUUGUAAUCCUGGAUAUAUUUUAGAUUUUUCUCCAACAAAAUAUGACUGUAUAGCAUGUACUGUUGCUUCAUUAGAUCAUUGUGCAUAUGCUGUAUCUUCAGGAGGUGUAUGUAUGUGUGGAAGAUGUACUGCUGAUGGAGCAGGAAAGGUAUACCACAAACAUCCUAUAUUGACAGGAUGUACCCAAAAUGAUGAGAUUCCUAACUGUGCUACUCAUACAUUAAAACUUAAAAAUGGUGAUUACAUAGUAGCCUGUGCUGAAUGUACAGCUCCAAAUAUUUUAGCUGAAGAUGGAUUGUCAUGCAUAGCUUGUUCAAAACCUUGUACUGGAGGAAUGAAAGUAGUUGCUGCUGGUUCAACAACAUGCACAUGUAAUUGUGAUGCUGUUGGAUUCUUAAAUAGCAAUGGAGAUGAUUGCAUUUCUUGUACAACAGCUGGCAAAACUGGUUGUUCAGAGGUACAUCUGAAUGGAGCAACAUGUGAGUGCAAAACAUGCAAUGCAAAUUUUGUUUUGAAUGCUGAUAAAUCAGCAUGUGUUGCUUGUAACACUGGUCCUGGUGGUGCAACUGCCAACUGUAAAAAUUGCAACUUAGCUACUUCUCCUGUUAAUCAAGUAUCAGCUUGCUCUGACUGUGACAGUGGAUAUGCAUUGCUCACAUCUUCAACUCCAGGAACAAAUCCUUCAUGUAUGCAAUGUGGUACAGGAUGCACAACAUGUACAAUAGAUACAUCUGGUGCUUCUGCUACAACUGAUAAUAAAUGUUCUGUUUGUUCUUCUGGUUAUACAUUGAAUAAUAUUGGGCUUUGUAUUCAAUGUCCACAGUCACCAGAGGUGUGCUCUGAUUGUAGAAUUGAUCCUGAUGAUCAGACAAGAGCACUAUGUCUCACAUUUGGAUGUCAAUCUGGGGGUCUGAGAGAUAUUGAUUUUAAAUGUGAUACAUGCACUUCCCUGACAGGUUGUGAUAUUUGUAUUAAACAAAUUGGUGAAAAUCUAAAAUGUUUGAAAUGUAACUCUGGAUAUUAUAUGGAUAAUAGUGAUGCUUGUCAACAAUGCCAAUCUGGAUGUGAUUUCUGUCUGGAUGGCACCACAUGCAUACCAAAUGGCUGUAAUGAAGGCUACAUCAGACAUAGAACAGAAGGAACUUGCAUACUUUGUACAGGAAGCGGAGUUUCAAGAUGUGCAUAUCAAACACCAACAACUGACACCCUUAUACCAAAGAUAUGCAGAACAGGAUAUAAAUUAAACAGUGCUAUUUCACCUGCAACAUGUGAAAAAUGUGAUCCAAAUUGUAAAAGUUGCGAAACAAAUGGAAAAGAUAAAUGUGAUUCCGGACAAUGUAAUUCUGGUUAUUUCCUUGAUUCAAGUAAUCAAAAAUGUUACAAGAAUAAAGUUGGUUGUCUGACAUCUGUUAGAAGUAAUGAAAAGAUAAUAUGCUCAUCUUGUAAUACAGCAACUUCAAUACUUUUGAAUGGCGAAUGUAAAACAUGCCCUACUGGUUGUAGUGGAUGUUCAUUUGAUGCUGCAACAAACAAAUUUACUUGUUCAUCUUGCAUUGGAAAAUAUUAUAAAACAUCAGAUAAUUUAUGUUCCCCUUGUCCAACUGGUUGCAGUGUCUGUUCUCUCAAUGGAGCAUCAGUUGAAUGUACAAGUUGUCUUGCAACAUAUGGUUUAAAAGGAUCUUUAUGCCAAUUAUGUGGUAUUGGAGAAUGUCAAACAUGUUCUGUUCCAUCAAGUGAAAGUGGUCUUGUUUGUUUAACAUGUUCAAAUAAGUUUUAUUUGAACAGCAAUGAUUGUGGUCACUGUCCGAAAUUCUGUAAAGAAUGUUCAUAUAAUCAAAAAUACAAAUGUACAAAGUGUUAUAACAGAUAUGCCAAGGCAUCAGAUGGAACAUGUGUGCCAUGUCCAUCAAAUUGUGAAACAUGUACAGCCAAUGCAGAUAAGACAACAAGGUGUACCAAAUGCAUAUCAAAUACUUAUUCACUAAAACAUGAUGGAACUUGUUUACUAUGUUCAGAUGCUGCAUUUGCUAAUUGUGCAACUUGUGGACCAACUCCAUCAAGUGGAAAAGCAAAAUGUCAUAGUUGUAGUGGAGGAUUCACUUUACAAGAUGAUGAAUUAGCUUGUCUUCCAUGUUCAAUAACUGGAUGUGAAUUGUGUGCACAUGGUCAAACUUGUUCAAAGUGUAAAUCAGGAUUCUAUCUUUUCAACUUCAACAGAGAAUGCGCAAGAAAAUGUUUUGAAUGUAAGGGAAAUAAGGCAGACUGUGGAAAUGAUUUAUCUGGAAUUCAGAAUUCAACUGAUAAAGUAAAAGUUAUUGAUUGUGGAAUUGGUGACUGUUGGGCUUAUAGAACAGAAGUUUCAGGAACAAUAACAUUUGCAAGAGGAUGUUCAAAUAAAACUUGCACAUUGUCUAAUGAGAAUGAAAAUUGUAAAACAAUUGAAGGAAAUAAAGAAUGCAAAAAGUGUUGUAAAGGAGAAAAAUGUAACACUUGGGCAUUGGAUGGUAAAGCAGGGGUUGUUCGUCUUGUUUCAACAACUACUUUACUUGUAUUAUGCAAUGCUUUUAUCUUUUGGGCCAGGAUGGCCAAACUAUAAACUAUUCAUACAACAGGGUAAUAGCAGUAGGUAAAAAUGUUAGAAGAUUUCAUUGGAGAUGUUUGCUGUUCAAUUUUUAAUUUGAAUUUCCAGACAAUCUUCUCAUGUAAUUGAAUGUUGUAGAAUGAUUUUUCUUGUAUUGUAAUUGUAAUACCAAGUCAACAUGAAAAAAAACUACUGUGUAUUACAGUCUAGCAUUUCUUUAGCUCACCAGUUAAUCAAUACAAAAAGUCUCUAACAAAUACAUUUUAACCUUACCUAUAUUUUACAAAUCUCAGAGUGAUCAAUUAUAAAAGAAUUACUAUUUAAGACAAUUUGAAUAGUCCCUGAGAUAAACAAAUUUAAUGCUUCCAAAAAGAUUAUAAAUCUCCUGGAUAGAGUGAUAUUUAGUAGCGAAUGGCUGAAUUUUAUCACAAGCAGGUAAUUUUUCUGGGGUCAGCAGAAAAUAUCCACAAAUGAGAAAUUUCCAGACAAAAAUUUGGAUUGAGAAAUGGUUAGGCAAAAAAAACAGCAACUGAUCUGAACUUAGGAGUGUCUCCUCUCAGGGUUAGGGGUAAUGGAAAAGGUUAGGUAUAGUGAAGGACUGGAUUAGAGUUAAGGUAAAAGCACUCAUUUUUGGAUGUUUUCUGUUGCAUCCAUUUUGUUUUUAUAAUAGAAUGUAUCAUCUUUUCAGGUAGGAGAAACAAUAAUCAGAUAAUUGAUUAUGUUUUAGCCUUUGUCAACAUUAGUUUUCAGUCAGUUAUGAAGCAACUAUGCCUGAGAAAUCUAUAUUCAACUGCAAAACUCUAUUUGGAGAGAUGAAGAUUGUUGUGUGUGGAUUUGCAGAAAUGGCAGAAUUCACUUGGUUAAUUGUCCUAACCUUUUGCAAAAGUGGUUGGUGUUUACCAAAUUAUGAUCUGACAUCUGAUAAUCUUUGCUGUAAAUGCAUUUUAAAUUGUAAUUUUUGCCAAUUGCAUUCAGCAAAUUCUAGAACUGAAUAAAGUGGAACAAGUAUGAGCCAUACUUGUUUUGAAAAGCAAAAUGGAAAGUCUUGGGGACAAUUGGUAAAAUAACAAUUUAUAUGUUAUUUUAUGAAUUAAAAACAGUCCAAAUUGACAGCAUUUCCUUAUAAUUGUGUGCACUUAGAUAUAGUGAUAUAUCAAUACUUAGACUUUA